GGACAUGAUGGGGAUGAUAUAUGAAAUAACGCGUCUACGAUAGACGAAUCAACGAACUAGUACACUGCGCACGAUGUGGUUUGUUUAUGCGUGGUUCCAUUCCGGUGAUAGUUAGCGACUGCGACUGUUCAUUCUGUGGCGAAAGAACAACGAAUAACGGUACUUCUUAGCGUUCGCGGCUCGCAGUAAGCUUCUUUCCAUCCAACUCGCCAGCCAUCAACCGCUCACAUACACCAAAUACAAGCACUCGCAUCUAGCUCAGCCAUUGGCUUUAGAGAUCCCUACCGCUAUGCACCACAAAGAUACACCACCUGUGACAGCAAGGCUGCGCACUGCCCCGCGUCUUGGCAGCCUCCUAGCUGCAGCCUGACUGAGCGUAACGGGGUGAAAUCUGUCCCGGCUUCAUCUACAUCUUUCAACUUUGGAUAUGACUUUUGGCCUGUGGCGUUCUAUCGCCACGUAUAUCAAACCCUUGGCCAGUGAACCUAUUGGCCCAUCCGACACUACAGCUGAUCUGGACUCAGCUACCGAUAGCGAAACUGAAGACGAAGGCCAUGAGCCCUGCUACUUAUUUUCGGAAGAACCCGGACGUUGGAUGGUUGAUACAACCAUCACGAAACUUCGACGUGGAGUGGCUGCUGCUUGCCAAAAGUGUAGUAUUGUGCUCGAUGCUAUUACCACCUAUAGUAGCGAGCGACUAUGCAUGGAUAGCAUAACAGAAGUCAGUGUGCUAGUGGGUAGCUGGAGCAUAUUGCUUGACAACGACGAACGUGAAAGAAUACACCUAGAGCUAUUUCGAUUAGAAGGUCAGGAGCUACACACCCUGCUCGAUCUUUCAUCCUCCAAGAUAGACAUUCCCACCAGGACACUUCUUUCAGGAGACACAUCUUCAGAUCAAGCUCUUCAAACAUUGCACAAUUGGAUCGAAACCUGUGUUGAGCAUCAUGAGAUUUGUGCUGGACGAAAAGUCAACCAAUUACCAAAACGAGUGCUUGAGAUAGAUGGAGAGCAUGUCUAUCUUCGCGAGCACUUGAAAACACUAACCAUGUAUGCUUGUCUAAGUCAUUGUUGGGGUCCAUCAGGCCCAGCACUCAAGCUAGACAAGACGACUUCCGGUGAUUUCAUGGAUGGCAUACUUAUCGGUCGACUGCCGAAGACCUUUGCAGACGCUGUUCGCUUAUGUUCAAGACUUGGUUUUCGCUUUAUCUGGAUCGAUGCCUGCUGCAUCAUGCAAGACGACGAGGAUGACUGGAAAGAAGCAGCAGCAACAAUGGCAAUCAUCUAUGAACGGGUCAAUUUGACCAUCGCAGGUACUUGGGCCGAAAACAGCGACUGUGGUUUGUUUACGUUGGAGCGAGAAAGAUACAAGGCCAGAAAGUUAGAGGACCAUGAGCUCUACAUACAGGAAAGCGGCGCCCCUUUCCCACAUCCAUCUAAUUCCACGAAUCUGGAUGAUUUUCCACUGCUAAAUAGGGCUUGGGUAUACCAAGAGCGACUUUUGUCGUCGCGGAUGGUCCACUUUGGCAAGGAUCAAAUGUAUUGGCAAUGUCCCACUCGCUUUAUCUCGGAGAGUGGGAUGACCUACAAGGAUAUCUACCAAUGGAGCAAUAAUCCAAGUUUUAACCUCUUUGAGGUCAUCGGAGAUCCGGUCGACCGCUGGCACAAGUUGGUAAACAUGUAUUCUGGCCUGGACUUAACCUAUGCAAGCGAUCGGUUACCCGCAGUCGCUGCCAUAGUCGAACGUGAAAUGCGAUUACGCCCAGACGAUGUAUACAUUGCCGGUAUGUGGAAGAGUAGUCUGCUUUCGGAUCUUGCCUGGGUGCCAGGUGCAUCUUGCACGCCGCGGGCGUGGUGUCUCCGAAUGCGCUCUCCAACAUGGGCAUGGCCAUCUUCACAAGUGCAAGUUCUUUGGCUGAGCGGAACACUUGAACCAUGCUUGAGAUUGGUGGACCUAUCCUACACUUGUAUUGGACCGGCGCAUGUUGGCGAAGUCGCAAAUGCUAGCAUCUCAUUGGAAGGUCAUCUAUACACCAUUCGGUUAACACGACACGUCGAGCGGAGGACAGCUGUAUUAGAACCGUGCAUGGAAAUAGUUACUCGCUCAAUUUCGGACGUUAGGUUAUGCGAUUGGAGUACACAUAUGGACUUCGACUGGUCUGCGGGUGAUCGACCGGUCAUGGUUGGAGAUACUUUCGACGUUUUACCUAUCAACUUGCUGUCAGGAUCAGCCUCUUAUGUGGGGCUCAUUCUUAAAGAGGUCACCGACGGCGUCUUCGAGAGAAUAGGAACUAUCGAAAUUGAAGCCGUUUGUCAGUCGGAGAUGACCACUCUACAAAAGACUUGGAGGAUCUGUGAAUUCGUUGAGGCAUUGCCAAUUCGACAGGUCAAGAUUAUCUGACGAGAUGAUAGGGGACCGGGUGCUUGCUUCGGUCAGUGGAUACUACACGCUGCUCGAACUACAACGAUGUGGUCUCACGAGACCCACCGACC